GAGAUCAAUAGUUUCAGACUUCGGAGCAGAAACUGAACAAAAAUCAGUUCAGCACUUGAGCUGAUCUGAUCUGGAGUUGUGUCCCCGUCGACGCCGAUACCUUCCUCACCGGCGGUGCCACUCCAAUCGUCGCCACGUAGCCGUCGACAGCACAUGGCGGAUGCCACCGCCGGCCGUCGCGGCGUUGGACACACACAGAGCAACAGCAACUGACGCCGCCGCCGCGCGCAGUCGAUGCAUGUUGGGUUGGAUGUUUCACCAAAUCGCGUUAGACUUGGCCCUCCAAUCCACACUGGUGUUCGCUGCCUCCGCGGCCGGUGAUAGGACGAGUUCGGCUCCGAACGCCUCAGUGCUGCUCUACUCGCACAUGAGGUGUUCGUUCAAAUGCUUGCGAGUUGUUCGCCUCUUGUUCUGCUUCUACCUAUCACCGGCGAGACGUAGCCGGGACGACGAUGCUGGCAGCCGUGGACGCCGUGGCUGACUCUCGCCGGCCGUGAGCCUGUGCAAGCAGCAGGCAGCGGCAACAGGUUCUCGUCGCGAGGCGAGGAUGACGUCAUCGAGCAUGUGGGCCCACCUGUCAGCGGACAUGGGACUGCGGCCCCACCUGUCAGCGAAGGGUUGAACUCCCUUCAAAUUGCACCCGCCUUGCCGCCGAGAGCGCCGAGCCGUAACCUUGGCCAACGAACUUCUCUCCUCCCUCCGUUCUCCCCUCGCCGGUGAGCCAAGAAACCAAGAACCCACUCGCCGCCUCCGCUGCUCGCCGGACAGAGCGCCAAGAAACCAAGAGCCGCCUCGCCUGACGCCAUGGGUGGUCGAAAGAAGCCGGGUUCCAAGAAGAUGCCAACCCCUGCUGUGAUGCGCAUCCGCUCUCCACCUCCAGACCCGCACAGGAGGGCGCGAGCUGCGCCCCGAAGGUGCAUCCCUCCAUUGGCUUCGGAUUCCGAGUCGUCUGCUUCUUCUCCGACGACUUCUCCAGCCGCCGCCGCGGCUGCUCUGCCUGGCAUCGCUCAAGCCCGGCACGAGUUCUUCGCCAAGCACACGGUGUACCACUACGGAGCGCCUCCGACUGCUCAACGAAACGAGCAGCGGGAGAGCGCGGGAGGAUGCCAGAGCGUGCGCGGCGGAGUUCGCCGCCAACCAGCUGACGGCCUUGCCGCUGCGGCGGGGCGAGGACAUCUCCGCGGCUUCCUCCUCGCGCCGUCAAGAAUCGGUGGCGGAGCGCGCGGGGCGGUGGAUGCUCCUGGACUCAUCGGCGAUCGGUUUCUCGACUCCGGCCACGGCAGCUUGGCCGGUACCGGAAUGGACGCACCAGCCGGCGGGGAACGCAUUGGAGUACGGCCCAUGGAAUCCUCCGACGAUGACAGCACCUUCUGCUCCAGGUGCGCCCGAGCUCAGCGGGGAGCCGCCAGCGCCACCGCCCUCGUCACGACCGCUGUCGCCGCCGCCACCUCCGCCAGGUGUCAUUCCACCACCGCCGGGCGUGAUCCCGGCGCCGCCACCUGCGUGGUGGACGGAGCACCACCACCACCCGGCGGCGUCUAUGCCACCACGAGGACCAUAGGUGAGAUUUCCUGGUGA